GAUGUCAAACGGAGAAGAUUCAUGGAAUAAUGAAUUUGAAUCAAAGGACGAUAAUAACAAUGGAAUGCAGGAGGAAUUAUUGGAAUUGAGAAAUGUAUUUACUCAAUCUAAUGCAAAACAUGUCGCCAUGCCGGAACAUUUACCCACACAACCUGCUGCUGCUGCUGCUGUGUGUGGGUUUACAAAUGCUAGUGGCAAUCAUGGGAUCAGUAAUGAGAAAGCACAAAUAUUCAAUGGUCAAAACAAUUAUGAAUCUAAUUCAGAAGUAUAUCAACGUGUGAUGAAUGGGAAAGCAAGAAAAUUAUCGAAUUGUGAACCAGUUCUAGAUGGUGACAGUGAAAAUACAUCUAAAUCAGUUUAUCAGAAUACUCAAAUAAAUGGAAGUAGUCUUGGAAGUAAUAAAGAAAACGGAACAGAUUAUCAAGAUACAGAAUCAAGUUCACAGUCUCAAUUAACCGAAAAACUGCUGAAUAAGGAUCCAUCCAUUCAUCAUACUGAAAUGUAUGGACCUCAUAAAUAUGAUAAUUCCGUUCAAAAAGUUAAUUCAGAAUUUAGUGAGAAUGAUUCACCUUUGGAAGAUCAUCAUACAUGCACGGCCAAAAUCAAUCAUGGAAGUAACUCAGAUAGAAAAGACAUGCAAGAUAUGACAGAGAAUGACGUAGAAGUAGACUGGAAAUCUGAAUUAACUCAGACACAAACAAUCCGACAAAUUGUUAAAGAAGAAAUGAAUGUUAACCAAAGUGGAAAUCGUAUCUCAUUAAAAAAUCUCAUACAUAAUUUAACUGAUAAUAAAACCAGUGGAACCGAUUAUCAUGAUGCAGAAACAAGUUUACAACACAAUGAAUUAACCAGUAAACUUCAAAACAAAGAACCAACCAUUCAUCCGAAUUCAAAGUCUAAUGACAAUGAACUGACUCGUCAGAAUUACAACAACACAUUGAUGACAAUGAAUAUCAAUCAUGCCAGUUAUUCAAAUGGCAAAUACAUACAAGACUUGACAGAGAGUGUUGUAGAAGAAAUAUGUAAAUCUGAUUUACCUCUAUUACAAACACUACAACAAAUUGAUAAAACUGAAAUGAAAAUUAAACAAUAUUAUGGUGAUCAAAUUUCAUCGAAAAAAAUCCCCAAUUAUAAAUUGAUCGAUAACAAUAAUAACGAAAUGAAUUAUCAUAAUGCGCAAACAAGUUUACUACAACCCGAUGAAUUACCCGGAGAACUACAUAAUAACGAAUCGUCCAUUCAUCAAAAUGAAAUUAUUUGUGAACCAAAUAAAAUUGAUCAUGAUGAUUCAAUUCGUAAAAUUGAUUUAUUAGUAGUAGAAUCUAAUGAAAAUGAAUCAACUCAUCAUCAUCAACAUAAAAUGUACACUUUGUCCACAAAAAUCAAUCAUGAAACUAACUCGGAUGGUAGUAAAUCCAAGCAAGAUUUGACAAUAGAAGAAGAGAAUAAAAUUGACCAAGUGGAAGCACAAGCCGAAGAAAACCAAGAAUGGAAAUCUGACCUACCUCUACUACAAACACUACAACAAAUUGACAAGGCAGAAGUCAAUUUUAAACAAUAUGAAAAUCAUAUUUCAUCACAAAUUAAUUCGUUACAAAAUAUUAUUUAUUAUUUAAUUGAUACUAGUAAUAAUGAAAUAGAUUAUAAUAAUGAAAUGAAAACAAGUUUACAAAAUGAAUUAAUUGAAAAAUUACAACAACAUAACAAUGAUUCAACUAUUCAUUAUAAUGAACUAUGUCGACCUUAUCAUCAAUAUGAUGAUAAUACCAUUCAAAAAUUUGAUUACUUAAGAUCUGGUGAAAAUGAAUUCAUUAAUGAGAAUAAUCAUUAUUACUCUGCUAUUAAUACUAAUACUACUACUUCUAAUACUACUAAUAAUAAGAUCAAUCAUGAAAAUUAUAUCUCAUCGUCAAAAUUAAAUACAUCACAAAAUCUUAUUAAUAAAUUAAUUUGUGUUCGAAUGAACAAUGGAAAGUCAAAAGAGAAAAAACUACGCGACGAUUUAACUGGAUUCAAAAAGAUGAAUCACAAUAAUAAAAAACAGCGAGUAAUAUAUGAACCUUUACCUCUCGGUGAAGAAAUCUUAUUCAGUAGUAAUAAUAACACUGCCAAUGGGAAAAUGCAUCACCAUUAUUCAUAUCGACGAAAUAAUAAAAGAACCAAUAGAAAUAUGAUAUUACCUUCGGAAAAACAAUUUUGUACUAUUCUGUAA